GUGGCGGGGUAGUGGAGGGAGAUAGUUCCCGGUGGACGGUCCGUCGUACAUCAACAAGAGCUGAGCCUCUCCGGGUCAGCAAGAACCUAGGGGAGUGGGUGCUCCUCUGUCAGGUUUCUUUGAGGAUUGUUCUAAGGAAGUGUCACCGGGCCCGAAACGUUAACUCUUCACACAUGCUCCCAGAUCUGCUGAGCUUUUCCAGCAAUUUUGUUUUUGUUCCUGAUUUACAGCAUCCGCUGUUCUUUCGGUUUUUCUUUGAGGAUUGUAUCGGCUGUAAAGUACUCAGCAAUGGAGAAGAAUGCUUGCACUAUAACCACUGACAGGCCUCCAGUUACUCAAAAUAAUCAGAAUGCGACAGUAACAAUAGGAAGAAAUUACUCUUCAUUUGACUGCAUUUACAUGGAUUACAAUGCCACAACGCCUGUGGAUGCUGAGGUUAUCCAAACUGUUCUUGAAGCCAUGCAGGAAGCAUGGGGGAAUCCCAGCAGUUCUUAUACUCCAGGUAAGAAAGCCAAAGAGCUGAUAGAUUGGUCAAGACAGAGUGUGGCUCAAAUGGUUCGAGGUCGGCCAGAAGAUAUCGUUUUCACCUCUGGUGGAACGGAGGCUAACAAUCUAGUCUUUCAUACGGCAAUCAAAUACUAUUGGGACCACCAGCGCCAGCUGACGUGCAGCUGUGGUAGUACGGAGACUGAUUGGAUGGCUAGGCCAUUACCUCACAUCAUUACAUCAAACAUUGAGCAUGAUUCAGUGCAACUUGUGGUGGACAAUCUGAUCAAGGAGGAGAAAGCAGAAGCUACGUUUUUACCUGUUUCCAAGACAACCGGAUGCGUUGAAGUGGAUGAUCUAAUAGCUGCUGUCAGGCCAACCACCUGCCUUGUUUCUGUUAUGCUUGCUAACAACGAGACAGGAAUUCUGAUGCCCAUUGCAAAGAUUUGUGAACGAGUGAAAUGUCUGAAUCAACAAAGAGGCCCAGAAACACCCCAAAUUUUGCUGCACACAGAUGCAGCGCAGGCAAUCGGCAAGCUGCGGGUCGAUGUGUUGGAUCUUGGUGUGGAUUAUCUCACAAUCGUAGGACACAAGUUCUACGGCCCACGGAUCGGAGCCCUGUAUGUAACAGGGCCAGGCACAAGCUCACCUUUAUACCCGAUGUUCUUUGGUGGUGGCCAAGAAAGGAAAUUCAGGCCAGGUACAGAAAACACACCAAUGAUCGCAGGACUUGGGAAGGCUGCUGAAUUGGUAGUCAGGAAUCUCGAGGCAUAUGCCAGUCAUAUGCAAGAAGUGAGGGAUUAUCUGGAAGAGAAACUGUUGAUUGUCUUUGGGAAGGAUAGACUCCAUUUCAACAGUCACUUUGAGGGCUCAGAGAGAUUGCCUAACACGUGCAACCUGUCUAUUUUGGGGCCUAACCUGCAAGGUCGGAAAGUGCUGUUACAUUGUCGAAGGCUGUUGGCUAGUGUUGGAGCUGCUUGCCAUUCAGACAAAGGCAAUAGGCCCUCACAUAUUUUGCUAAACAGUGGCAUUCCAUAUCAGGUGGCAGAGAACGCACUUCGCUUGAGUGUGGGACGUGCAACAUCAAAGGAGGAUGUAGAUGCCAUCAUAGAAGAUCUGAAGCAAGCUGUUAGUGAAAUUGAAGGGUGUGCUUCACAGUCUGGGAAGUAGGACACGGUCAUGAACUUAUCACUGCCAACAGAAAUCCAGGGAUAGAACAUAGGAAUAAUGAAAGAGGCCUGGGAUUUCUGCUAAGUUGGGAUAAUUUUUUUUCGAAGUCUUUGGAAAUUACAUUUCCAUGAUCCUUUGUGCUGGCUUUUAAAACAUCAUCCUAGAAACCUACCUCAGCAACAAAACAGUUGUACUUGUGGAUUGGAGUAAUGACCAAUGUGUAUAUGUUUUAAAAAGCAGAUAAAAUUAAGCCUGUCUAUACAAAGGAAUUAAUAGGCAAAACUUAAAUUAGUUUUUAAUUUGCCAAAGGACUGACUAUUGUGCACCAGUACAAGUAAAUGGUACUCUGCAUUUUAUGUUAUAAGUAUUUUUCAUGAUGAACUCAUUCAGUCGAAAGCAAUAAAAUAUAUAUCACUGUGAUAAAUAUUUUCUUAUCAUUUUGGACUGAAUAUGGCAACAGCCUUUGUCAAGGGACAUCUUACCUUAUUUUUCUACUCCCUCCCUAUCCCAGUCACGACUCCAGUUAUUUUUAGUCAGACUUUCUAUCUACUAAUUCUGAUGAGAGGUAAAUUGCAGUAGUUUCAAUUCAAGUCGCUUAGCAGGUAUUGAGUGUUCUUAGCAUCUGAUUCCUUCAGUGACAUUCUGACCUCUGAUUCAAAUCUAAGUAUUCACUGUUAUAGUGGCUUGGAAGUUAUGGACCAUUGUUAUUUAUAGUGACCUCUAGUCUUCAGACCAAAGUGUCCUAAAUAAAUUAUUAUUUUAAAACUGUA